CAAUUUUUGUGUUUUGAGUUCGCAUAAAAAUAUGCUCAGUUUCUCUUCCGAUUCGGUCGCGACAAGAUGGCUUCGUUUUUGGUGAAGUGUUCGCUGCUGCUCGCCAGCGUCUCGAUGGUGGUCGCUUUGUCUAAUGCCGCAGAUGAACUGCCCAGCAAUAUCAACCGAGGCAGCCUGGUGAGAGCUGCAAGAAGCCCACAGCAACCUCAAGGUUUUCCAAAUUUUCCACCGCCCCAGUUUCCCUUCGCCAAUCCGGAAAUAGUCUCGCAAGAUACGCAGCGCGACAAAAAUGGGUUCGCACAGACGACGAUCUACAAGUACCCGAACGGGAUGGGUUCGUCAUCCGUUUCGACAAGUUACUCGGGUUCGUCCAAGCUGAACGGCGUCACCUGGAGCAUGUUGAUGGGUGCGAUUGGCUUACUGUUGCUUAAAGCGGUGUACUAA